AUGGCAAUUUUUUGUCUGGCUACCGCAGGCUGCUCGAACGUCACGGAUCAGCAAACAUCUGAGACGCAUCACGAUCAGCAGGUAGCGAUCUUGAAACAGAUCAGGAAAGUGAAUGAAGACGGUUCUUACACGUACGGUUACGAGGCUGGCGACGGAUCGUUCAAGGUCGAGAGUCGCGACGUUCUAGGCAACAUCAAGGGUACGUUCGGUUUCGUGGACGCGGACGGCGAAAUAAAAAGGGUGUCGUACUCCUCCUCUAACGGGACAGGAUUUAAAGCAACCACCAUGUCGCCAUUGCAGGAGCACGUGUCCGUCGUGCAGAGCAUUCCGCGCAUGAAUCGCACGACCACGACCAAGAAGCCGAACAUCGUCUAUCCUUCGUCCACCGAAUCGUACGCGAAAUCAUCGGUGGUCCAAUCGAUACCGCGAAACAGGAAGACAACGACCACCUCGACGACAACAACCACAACCACCACCGAACAGCCGAAGACUAUAUUCGGUCAUUAUUUGAAGGGGACCGGGAAGAACAGACCUCGUUUCGUGAUCAAUGGUCAACAAAGGCCGUUGGUGAUAGAGGAGGAGGUCACAGAGGACGAAGACUCGCAGAUAAAUCGGCCGAGCACGGAGGACAAGACCGCCACGUACAGAAAGAUCAUAUUCGCCAAGCGACCGGUCGAGCAAACCGUUCGGCCGAUCUCCGACGACUUCGUCGAGAAAGAGGACGAGGAGAAAGUGACGAGCGGGAAUAACCUGCGAAGGCAGUUGCACGAGGAGACGACGAAACCCAAUCCAAUCGUGGAAGGCAGCAGCGACGACCACUCGGACGUUUACGGCGGUUCCUUGUCCACAACUCGACCUCUGUUCACCACGACCACGCCGCCGAGGGUUCUGCAACGCGUCUCGCCAAAUCGAGUCGAGAGGCCGAAGGUUUACGUGAAUCGGGAGAAUCUCGCGCCGUCGCCGAGGUUCGAGAACGUGCCGAACGACAACGGCCGAGUUUUCGAAGCGGAGACGAAGACGCCUCCGGAGGAGCGUACCCAGCCGGUUCUGAUUCGAGGACCUGCGCGGGUGGUCGAGAACCGCGAGUACCUGCGACAGAGCACCGAGCCGAUAUUCGUUCGGCAGCAACCGGAACAAUUUCUGCGCGAACUGCCAGGCGGAAGAAUCCUGGUCCCCUCGCAGCAGAGCAUCGAGGAGGAUCCCGCUUACAGGCCCGUUUCGAUCAACAGACUCUUGCUGCGUCCUCUGCCGAACCAACAGCCGCUCUAUUCCACGACCACGGACGCGAACAUUCACUACCUGACGGAGAGCCCUCUGCCAGAGCAAGAGGAGGAUCCGAGAAUCGCCAUGGCGCAGGGAUACAUGCGUCCGAGACCGUUCCCGCGACCGGUGAUCUUCCAGGAGCCCGAGCCAAGGCCCAGGCCCGUCCUCAGGCCCGUUGCACCGGCCAUCACUCACUCGGUCGACGACAGAGAGUACCAAACCACCUCGGAGUAUCCUUACCGAGGAAGCACCCUCGCUUUGCCCCCGGAACCGCCGAAUCCGAUCAAUCCGCCCCUGAGCAGACGCGACUUUCAGCUGCUACUCAGAAGGUUGCUCGUCAGUCAGUACGGCGUUCAAGCACUUUCGUACCCGAAAAGCUACCUCGAGGACGCGUUGUACGAUCAGCAGCCUUAUCCAUCGUAUCAGCAGGGCUAUCAGCCUAGCGCAACGCGACCAGACAUCGGCUACGAUCAGCAAAUCCCGCUUCAGUACGGGGAUCGUGUUGCUGUGAGACGACCCGUGUACGCCAGAGCUUUGAACCCUGUUUACCAACCUCAACAGUACGAAGAUUACAGCGACGGAAGGUACACGAAGAGGGUAUACAGGCAAAAGUUCUACACGCAGGAGGUGGCCGACGACGGGGACGAAAUAUUGCCCGCUCCUAUAAGAGAGGCCUUGUUGCUGAGGAUGUUGCAGCUGGCGAUCAACGCUGAACGGCCUUCCAUGAUGUCCACCCCGGUUAUGACGACCACGACGCCAGCUUCGAGGUACAGGAAGACCGGUCCAGUGAGAAGCGUGCAGAUCAUCACCGACGAGGAGGAAGAAGAGAAAGAGGCGAUGAAGAAGAAAAUGUAA